AUGGCCAUGGAUGAUAUUGACUUCAGCGAGCUGAAGGAGCAACACCGCCAGUUGAGGAGAACCAUCAAGUCAAUUGCUGAAUUUGUCAAAGAAUUUCAACAAGGACUACAUGAGGUUGAGAUCGAAGUUCGUUUGGACACUUUGGAUAGUUCCAUGUGUAAAUUUUACGGAAUGCAGAGAAGAAUGAAGGUAAUCGUCGAUGACGAAGAUUUGGAAAGGAAGCCGGAUACUGAAGAGACGGAAGCACAACGAAAACGACGAGUUAAAACGCUAGCUGCUCGUCGUGAAGCUGAGUUUGACGAAGUAGCCUCCGAAGUUGAGAGGCUCUAUUACCCUUCUAAGGCUGCGUUGCUUAACCUUCGGCCUAAAAUGAGGGAACCAGCCGAAAUAGAGAAAGAUCCCAGGGUUGAAGACCCCGAUGUGUCUCGGGUUAAGCUUCCCGAUAUCCAAUUACCCAGCUUUGGAGGAAAAAUACGAGAGUGGAUAACCUUUCGUGAUAUGUUCACAAGUUUGAUCAACAACAACAACCAACUUUCUCCUAUUGCCAAAUUCCCUUACUUGCGAUCGUAUGUUACUGAUGAAGCCUUCCAGGAGAUUAGCUCUAUUGAAAUGAACGCUGCCAACUACCAAGUCGUUUGGAGCGCAAUCGAAAGGAGAUACACUCUUCGCUAUUGA